AUAGAAUUCAUCUCCAAGCAAAUCCUAACUAGUUCAAGAGAUACAACCAGCAAUUAUGACUUCGCUAUAGUAUUUCUCUUUCACGCGAUGCAUAUUACCAUCGCCUUGUCAACCGUUUUCGGAUACCUACCUAGGUAGUUAUUCAAAGAUGUUGUCACAUAGUCUUUGUCCGGAUAGAGUCGCUUUUUCUUCUGCUUCCUUACGACCCCCCCAUUUAAGCACGUUCACUUAAUGCAUCGCGUUGUUUAAACAAUUACAUAGCUUACAAUUAUUAUGAACCUUUUGCAAGGUUAGCCGGCGGGUAAUCAAUCAGAAAUAGAUGUGGACGGAUUCCAUUCCGUCAAAAUACCGCCAAGAUGCCUAUGGGAGACACCCCCGUAACGAGAUUGAUGCGAAUUCAAGCCCUGCAAGGACCCCCCUCAGGUGUUGUCAUAACCGACUCGUUUAGAAGAGCUCAAGCAGCAUGGAAAACAGCCAAAGAUUUUUUUGAAACCGAAAUAGGGGGAGCUCUCAAAUAUCAAAAAGUCCUCGGCUUUGGUGGUUAUGGAAUAGCCUUACUUUGGACAGUACAGGACCCUAUAGGCGGUCCCGUUCGUGAUAUUGCCGUCAAGUUCCCUAUCCCUCGCGGUAAGAAUGACGGCACUAACGAAACCCUCACUGAAAUUCAUUUCUUGACUUUGCUCCGCAACUCGGAACAUAUAGUUAACCUUGCGAGAAUCGGAACCGACACCAAGCUUGAAAAACAGAAAAUGUAUAACAAUGUGGAGGCAGAAGACCCUAUAAUAGUCAUGGAAGUCCUCAACCGGGGUAGUCUGUGGGAUCACAUCACUAGGAUAAACGCGGCGAUGGAUUGGAACGAAGCCAAUCCCGGCCUCCCUCUCCAAGAAUAUACCCUCGAAUAUAUACCGAAUCGGGUCCUAUGGAGAUACUUCUUAUGCCUGGUUAGGGGUGUUGUCGCGAUGGCCUACCCAGCCCAGGCACCCACGUGGGAUCCUGAUGCCAUAAUACGAGAGUCUGUGCCCAACACGGGUGAACCGCCAUCUAAUUUGGUUCACUACGACUUGGAUCCUUCGAAUAUAUUAUGCGGAGAGCCUGACUUCACAGGUGAUGAUCGCGAGCAUACUUAUGCCCCGAUAUUAAAGAUAACUGAUUUUGGGUUGGCGGUUCCAUUCGACGAGAACUUUUCCGAAGGGGUAAGAGCAAAUCUUGCCUACAGAGGGAAAGAAAACUAUUUUGCACCAGAGCAAUUCUAUCCGGAGAGAAUGAUCCUGGCCCGGGAACAUAUUGGACAUGAAUUGAACUUAUGGGGCAUAGGAUUAAUUAUGUUUAAUCUUAUGUCAUUAAGCCAUCCAAGCCCAAACCCAAAAGACUGGCAGCCUGCUCUCCGCUACGUGAGUAUGAGGGGCAUGAAGAAUUAUCCGCUUAGAACCUGGGGAGGAAAUCUCCUUCCAGCAAAAGGCCACGGGAAUACUGUCGUGCCGUAUCUAGAGCCAUACGAUUACGACAUGCGUUUACUGAUCGCGCAGUGCUUAGCUGAUUCAACCAGAGACCGGCCGGAUCUACGGGUGCUACUAGAAGCUUGUGAGGAAGGCAUCAGGUUGGCAGACGGAAGAGCAACAGAAUUUCAACCACAACCACCUCUUCCUCUGUCGCCCGGUGGACACGGUGGUGGUGGCGGAGGUGGAGGUGGAGAAGGUGGGGGAUCGUCAGAAGAAGACGGGACGCCAUCAGAUCCGAGGAUGUCAUUUAACUGGACGACAUCGGGUGGUAAUGAUGAAACGGCAGUGGAGGGGUCAACAAAAUGGGAUACGACAACUGGAUCAAAUAAAGAUAACGAAUUCGGCUCAGCGACACAAAGUGGAGUAAGAUUAGGAGAAGCGGUGGUAAAAGGAAGAGUAUGGGGAUUGGGAGGAGGAGAUUUUGGAUCAUUAACGCUACAGGGAAUCAAGAGAGGAAUGGCGGGUGUAGGAAACAGCGGUGACGGUAGUAGUGAUGGUGCCGGUGAUGAUAGUGAUGAAGUUGAUAGUAUUAGUCCGCCUCGUACACAUCGCAGCCAUGGUCGACAGCCCCAUAUCGAUCCUGUUGAUGCUCCUGCUGCUCCUGUAGCUCUCCGCCCCCCUCCCGGAUUCGGAUACUCUCAGGGUCGGCCUCUUCCUACUCCUAUGGGUCUUCGUCCCCCUCCUGGAUUUGGAUAUUCCCAGGGUCGGCCCCUUCCUGUUCCAUUUCCUGAGGGUCGCCCACCUCCCGGAUUUUCACAGGAAUCCGCGGAGAAAGUCGCGAAGAGAAGGGUUGUGACUGAUUUGGGGGAAGUCACUACUGAUUAUAAUCCUAUCGUCGCGAUUACGCCUUCGGCCGCGGAGGCAGUAGCAAGGGUGAUGGCAGAGAAGAACAAGGAAAAUAAAGAAAAGCCAGAUAUACAGAUGCAGAGAAACAAGUUUCGCAUUUGGAGGCAUAUUCCCUCUCCUGCUGGACAACAUGUAGGCUAUAGAAAAAGAUAUUUUGACAGGAUCAAGGGCUUGCGGGGACGCGGGGGUGGUGCUUCCGCGUCGAAUCCCUCGGGUCGUGGAGGUAAUAACGUGGAUGCGAAUCCUACAAGGGCAAUGAGAUACGGGAAAAUUGCUACCAGCGCACUUGAAGACGCGAUCUCAAGGGCGGGUGGCGGUCCUGCGCCAAAUGUUCUCGAUCCCUUCCGACUCGGCGUUAGGGCGGCUCAGACGCCGGGACCCGUUACACAAACUGGAGCCUCACCGGGUCUCACAGUAGGACAGCCAGGUGGAGGAGGUCCCGGAACUCAACCACCAGGCUCGGCAGCUGGACCAUCGCGCCCGGGAACUGGGCCGCCGUUCGGUCUAGGAGUGAGGUCGCCAGCAAUGCCGAUGAGCCCGGGAUUAGGAUUGGGGGGCUUGUUCCUUGGAUUAGGCAAUCCAAGUAUUCAACCACCAGGUUCAUCGGCGCCCCCGCCCCCGCCCAAACCCUCCGGUGGUGGCACCAUUAACCCCGGCGUUCCACCCAGUGGCCCUAGUCAACCAGCUAGCACUAAGCCCGAUGACGUUAAAAUGGCCGACGACGAUUCCGAUGAUAGUUUUGAUGAGACUGGAUCUGGCCCUGGCGACAUACCUGAUGAGGAUGUUGUGAUGGAUAAUGCUAGUGUAGCUAGGCCAGCCAGCGAGAGCAGCAGUAGCUCUCUCAUCAUUGCUUCACAUCCAAUCAUAACUCGUCAAUGGGAUGAAGCGGGCCGUAAUCAACAAGGCGGUACCGCUGCUGGUGGUAGCGGCGCAGACGACGAUGGUCCUCGGCCGACAAGCAGUGUAUAUAGUACCCCUGAUGAUCCUGGUCCUCGACCAGCCAGCAGUAUGCAUAGUGCACUCAGUGUUCGAUUUAAAGAACCCAGUGGAGCUAUUAAUAAACCCGGCAGCUCUACGUCCUCGCUUCUAUCCUCUAAUCGCCCAUCCGGCCCUGGUGCGUCUCACGCUAGUAUAUCUCGGACCGCUUCCGAUCCAAAACCCAAUACGAACCUCUCUGUCGGGUUGGAUGGCAAUAUUCGUGUGAAGAGUGGAGGUUUAUUCAGUCCCACUAGUACUAAUCGAAGGAAGGGCAAGGGUGAGGCGGCUGUUAAGAGCUCCGCCUCAGCUCCAUCGAUUGAGCAUGGUUCGGCAGCGCUUCACGUCCAUCGUGAUGCUGAUGAUGAUGUCGUUAUGGGCGGGGUUAGUGGCACUGGCUCGAGUGGCGGUGGAAACUCUGGCUAUAGUGCAGAUGGCCUGGGCUCCGUCGAGCUGGGUGAGCCUAUGAGUUUAGGAGGUGGCUCUGGAGGAGGCAGCAGUAUGAGUAUAGGUUCCUCAAUGUCCGGGGUCCUUAAAACAUUCGGGCCCUCGGGCCAAAAAGGCUCAAUAGCUGAUCUACGUCCCCUUAUUGGCGCGUCGGGAAAGCUCAUCCAGAACGUCGGUAAACCCCCAGCGGCACCUCAGCCGGAACCUCAACCACAACCACCACCACAAUUGCAACCGCAGCCGCAGCCGCAACUACAACCAAAACCAAAACCUCAACGCCAACCCCGACCCCAAUACCUACCCGACCAAACACAACCAGGUGCAUCCCUAGCGGAAGAACAUUAUGUAAAUCCACCCAAAAUCGAGUCGAACGAUUUACUCAGGAAGUACUUCAACGAUUACUUCUUGACACCAACGAGAAAGGUGGACAAGUGGGAAGACUAUUGGUCGAAGAGUGUCUAGUGUAAUGGAAGUAGAAUAAACUUAUAACUACUUGGAUAGAUAGGUAGACACAAAUAUCAUGCUUGCACUUAUCAGAUAUGCCAUAUCUGCGCAAGCCUCUUAG